AUGCAACGAAACCCUUGGAAUGUAUAUCUCGGAGACUGUGCUAUAGUAGACAGCUACUUAAGAACCAGACCUGUUUGUAACUUACGCUGGUUUCCUCUACAUUUUAUCAACAUCUUCCUUAGAUCUGUCGGACAGCCAUGUUUUGUGAACAAUCCUCUCUGUGCCUUCUUCAUACUGUUGGCCAUCUUUAUGCUAAACUGGGAGGUUGGAUUAGGAUGUGUUCUUGGAGGUAGCGUUGCAACAAUAACAGAGCUGCUGCUGGGGCUCCACCCCUGGGAUAUGGUGAUGAAUGGAGCAGCUCCCUUAAAUGGAGUUCUCGUUGGAACUGUUAUAUCCAUCGUCUUCCCAGGUAUGAAUGGAGGGGAGAGAACUGCACACAUGUGGAUUGCAAUCGUCAUUGGAUCCGUUGCAAGUGUAUUCUUUGCGAGUGCGUUUCUGAACUUUCUGGGUAAAGUCAAUGUUCCGUACAUGGCUCUUCCGUUCAAUAUUAUAGCUCUGUGUAUAUUCCUGACCCUGAAACCUGCUCCUGAACCAAUCUCUAUUGUGGCGCGAACCUUUAAUGCUAGAGAUUGUUCUUGCUUUAGUGACCCCUAUUGCGGGGAUGGAAGAAUAUCUUGGUGUGGAGUUGGAAGGGGUAUUCUAGUAUCUAUGGGGCAGGUGUAUGCCUGUAAUAGUAUAGUCUCCUCUAUGCUAAUGAAUCUUGGAGUUCUUUUAUCUUCUCCUCUUCUCUUUACUAUGAACACUAUUGGUGCCACAAUAGGAUGUUUAAUGGCGAUAUCAAUUCUACCAGAAGAGGAUUAUUAUCAGAUUUAUGACGGAGUGUGGGGCUACAAUGCUCUUCUAGCCAUGUCCUCUGUGGCAUGUGUUUUCUUCCCUUUCUCCCCUGUCUCCUUCGUUGCUGGUCUAGUUAAUACUCUAGCUACAGUCUGCAUUCAAGCUGCACUUAGGAUAACUAUGGAUAAGGAUCAGCUUCCUGUACUAACUGUACCUAUGACCCUGUGCACAAUAGUAAUAUUAAUGGCUUCACAGUCACGGCCAAGUUCUUGUGGGACAUCAUUAAUCAGGGUCCAGGAGAUGUCCUAUCCUGAGAAGCAAGCUAUAGAAGCUUGGAGACAGGCAAAAAGAAGGGCAUUUAGUCAGGAAUCAACUCCUGAAACUAAAAGAAACGUGUUUCUCCAGGAUUCCUCUCCUGAGGAGCUUGAACCUGCUCUGGAAAAGAUUCUGGAUAAAAUAUAAAUUAUUAUUUUUCAUUGUUCAUUCUUCGUGCAUCCUCAUCACCGAUUUAAAAUUAUAUUUAGAAACGAU